GAAGCUCACAAACCCUACCAAAACCCCCCCGAAACUUUUGUCACUUCUCUCUCCAUUCCCAGUUUUCCUUCAAGUUGCCUUUGUAUAGAGCCUUUAUUAGCCCCUUCCUUGUUCUUCAAGCCAUUAUGAUAUUGUCCAUCUAUAAAAUCCGUAGAAUUCUUACAGUUCGUACAGUCUAAAUCUCAGAUUCACUAUUCUUUUGGGAGGGGUAAAGAGUUUUAGAGACAAGUGAAGAUGGCAAGAACUUCUGUUGCGGGGCUUAUCUCAGCCAUAGCCUCUGCAACCUUAGCUGUUGAACAUGCCUAUGCCGAUGGCCUUUCCAAUUUUUAUCCCCUCUCUUCUUCCUCUUCCUCUUCCUCUUCCUCUUCGCCUUCAAUAUCGUCCCAAGCUUCUCCUGCGUCAGCAAAACCUGCGCAGGCACCAGCGGCGAAUGCGGAGCCGUCACGGGUUCGCAAUGAUAACCCACGAACCACAUCGGCUGGGUUCGAUCCUGAGGCAUUGGAGAGGGGAGCUAAGGCGCUUCGAGAGAUUAGUAGUUCUGCGAAUGGCAAAAAGGCUUUUGAAUUGAUGAAGAAGCAAGAAGAGACUAGACAAACGGAAUUAGCUGCAAAAUCGGCAGAGUUCAAAGCAAUUCAAGCUCAAGCUGAAACAGAGAGACAAAGGGUAGUAUAUGAUGAACAAAAAAAGCUAGCUCAGCAACAAGCUCAAAUGAAGUCCCAGAUGGCUCGCUAUGAAGAUGAAUUGGCAAGGAAGAGGAUGCAGGCAGAAAAUGAACAUCAAAGAGCAAGAAAUCAAGAGCUUGUAAAAAUGCAAGAAGAAUCUGCUAAUAGGCAAGAGGCAGCCAGACGAGCAACAGAAGAACAAAUUCAAGCCCAACGACGUCAGACAGAAAGAGAAAAGGCUGAGAUAGAACGUGAAACAAUUAGGGUGAGAGCUAUGGCUGAAGCAGAAGGUCGUGCCCAUGAGGCGAAGCUUGCUGAAGAGGUUAACAGACGAAUGCUAGUGGAACGUGCAAAUGCAGAGAGAGAGAAAUGGGUUGCUGCUAUAAACACCACUUUUGAUCAUAUUGGAGGGGGUUUGCGGGCAAUAUUAACGGAUCAAAAUAAGCUGGUUGUUGCUGUUGGUGGUGUCACAGCUCUUGCGGCAGGGAUCUACACAACAAGAGAAGGUGCAAGGGUGCUUUGGAGUUAUGUGGAUAGAAUACUAGGACAACCAUCAUUGAUCAGAGAGUCUUCUAGGGGAAAAUACCCUUGGUCAGGCUUGUUUUCACGUGCGAAGAGCACUGUCUCACGUCGUGCUGAUAAAGGAUCUGCCUCCCAGAAUGGGAAUGGGUUUGGUGAUGUGAUCUUGAACCCUUCUCUUCAAAAACGAAUUCAGCAAUUGGCUAGUGCUACUGCCAAUACAAAAUCCCAUCAGGCACCGUUUCGAAACAUGCUUUUCUACGGUCCUCCAGGGACAGGGAAAACAAUGGCUGCAAGAGAGCUUGCUAGAAAAUCUGUAUGAGAUCAUAUCCCCGUCUUUUCUAAUAUCAUUGUUAUUUGAAUAGUGGGAUUUGUUUUCUGGAAUGACAUUUUUUUGCUUGCUUGUGGUACAUAUUUAAAAAAUUAGCUUUGAAUUGUACAUUCCACUUAUUUCGGAGCUCAAUAAAAAAUGGCCUAUGAAGAAAGUCCCAUUUUCAUUUUUUGCCUCUGACACAGUUUGACAUGCUCUCAGGGGCUUGAUUAUGCAUUGAUGACAGGUGGAGAUGUUGCACCAUUGGGUUCACAGGCUGUUACUAAGAUACACCAGUUGUUUGAUUGGGCAAAGAAGUCCAACAGGGGUUUGUUGCUUUUCAUUGAUGAAGCGGAUGCAUUUUUGUGCGAGCGGAACAAAACUUAUAUGAGUGAGGCACAAAGGAGUGCCCUCAAUGCCCUCCUAUUUCGUACGGGCGACCAAUCCAAAGACAUUGUCCUUGCUCUUGCUACAAACCGCCCUGGUGAUCUUGAUUCAGCUGUGGCAGACCGUAUUGAUGAAAUCCUAGAAUUCCCUUUGCCUGGCGAAGAUGAACGCUUCAAGCUGCUUAGACUUUAUCUGGACAAGUACAUAGCUCAAGCUGGGGCAAGGAAACGAGGCUUGUUUUCACACUUGUUCCAGAAACAACAGCAGAAGAUAGAAAUCAGGGGCUUGACUGAUGAUAUCCUGAGGGAAGCUGCAGCAAAGACUGAGGGAUUUUCGGGAAGAGAGAUAGCAAAACUGAUGGCAAGCGUUCAAGCUGCUGUGUAUGGGAGUGAGAAUUGUGUGCUUGAUCCAAGCCUGUUUCGUGAAGUGGUAGAUUAUAAAGUCGCGGAGCAUCAGCAGAGAAGGAAACUAGCUGCUGCUGACGGAGCUAGCACUUGAUGGAGUGUUAUCGUUAUGUGUUACUCCUCAUUAUUUGUGUUACUUGGCUAAGAUUGAGCAGGUGAGUAUCUGCUUUUGUAUUCAAUCAUAGAUUAGUCCGCAUUACAAUUUUCUUUUGGGGAAUAUAUUUAUUUGUCAUGAUUUUCCCCCCGAUGAGGGAUUUUGGUAUGUUAAAUCUUCAGAGCUAAUCAAUUAUAGCAACAAUGUCAUUAUUAG